UCUCGCAGUCUCACACGCGCACACACAGACAGAUACAGGGGCGCGCGCGCGCUCAACGCAGUGGGAAUUAUAAUUGUAACCGGGCUGAUAUCGACUUGGAUGAGGGAUUUUCCUGCUGCUUUGGUCCCGUUUAUUCCCUGGGAAUAAUCGCAGUUUGUGGAUUAUGUGACUGGGUGCGUUUGAUUUUGACUCCCGCCUGCAGCUGAGUCCGGUUUGGUGUUUAAUUUUUUAUUUUUUUGGGGAGGAAUGAAUCAGAUCUGGACACAAGGUGAAGGAGCUGCACUCCGAGCCCAGACCGCCUCCUCGCCUCCUGCUGCGGACCCUCCGGCCUCUCUGAUUGGCUCUCCUGCACGGCUCCUCGUGAUUGGACGAUUCUGAAUUCAAGGUGUCGUCACUCUGCUCUGCUUCACCAGGGCCUCUGAGGGGGUUCCCCCCGCCCGCCUCCUGACUUCCUGUUGACUUCCUGAACUGCAGAGAGCGCUUCCUCUCCACUCUGUCCCCUGAUUGGAGGCCUCACCUGUCCGUCACAGCAGAUUUCACACGCCGACGCCCGCCAUGACCUGCUGACAUCACCGCCACAGCCGCGCCCCCCCCCCUCCUCUCCCCGCCCCUUCCUCCUGCAAAAUGGCCCCACCUGAUUGGCUGUCUCCGCGGCGGCCACCGCUGGCGCUGCUGACGCUGGUUUCCUGUUUCCUGUGUGCGUGCGGCUCGGCCACGCCCUUCCCCAAGGACCUGGAGCCAAUCAGCGUGGUCGGCUGGGAGCACUCGUACCUGUACCCGAGCUUCCAGGGUUUGCUUCAAGACAACGACACGGUCCGGCUCGGGCUGGACUUCCAGAGGAUGCUACGCAUCAACCACAUGCUCUACAUCGCCGCCAGGGAUCACGUGUUUGCGGUGAACCUGACGACGGCCUCGGAGCAGUUUGUCCCUCAGCUGAAGCUCACCUGGAGGUCCAGAGACGUCAGCAAGUGCACCGUCAGAGGCAAGAACAGCGACGAGUGCUACAACUACGUCAAAGUGCUGGUUCCCCGAAACGACGAGACUCUGUUCGCCUGCGGCACCAACGCCUUCAACCCCACCUGCCGCAACUACAAGAUGAACACUCUGGAGCAGGUUGGGGAGGAGCUGGUUGGUCAGGCUCGCUGUCCCUUUGAGUCUGGUCAGUCCAACGUCGGCCUGUUUGCUGGAGGGGAUUUCUACUCGGCCACCAUGACGGACUUCCUGGCGAGCGACGCUGUGAUCUACCGCAGCCUCGGAGAGGGCCGGCCCGUCCUCAGGACCGUCAAGUACGACUCCAAGUGGCUCCGAGAGCCUCACUUCCUUCACGCUAUCGACUACGGCAACUACGUCUAUUUUUUCCUCAGUGAGAUCGCUGUGGAGUACACCGCCCUGGGCAAGGUCGUGUUCUCCCGGGUCGCCCGGGUCUGUAAGAACGAUAACGGCGGUUCUCCGCGGGUUCUGGAGCGAUACUGGACUUCCUUCCUCAAGGCUCGGUUAAACUGCUCAGUUCCUGGUGAUUCGUUCUUCUACUUUGACGUCCUGCAGUCGCUCACCAACGUGCUGCAGAUCAACCAGAGACCCGCCGUGGUGGGAGUGUUCACCACACAGGCCAACAGCAUCCCCGGCUCGGCCGUGUGCGCCUUCUACAUGGACGACAUCGAGAAGGUUUUCAACGGGAAGUUCAAGGAGCAGAGGACCAGCGACUCGUCGUGGACGCCGGUUCCUGACGAGCAGGUCCCCCGGCCGAGACCCGGCUCGUGCGCUGGCGACGGCCCGGCGUCGGACUACAAGUCGUCGGUUCAGUUCCCGGACGACACGCUGACGUUCAUCAAGUCGUACCCGCUGAUGGACGAGGCCGUUCCCUCCGUCAACGACCGACCCUGCUUCACCAGGACGUCCAGCAGGGCCAAGCUGACGCAGAUCGUGGUGGACGUCUCGGCGGGGCCCUUCAAGGACCGGACCGUCAUGUUCCUGGGUUCGGACGACGGCCGGGUGCUGAAGGUUCUGGCCAACACGCAUCCCAACGACAGCUUCGGCUCCCAGCUGCUGGAGGACAUCGACGUCUACAACCCGUCCAAGUGUAACGUGCAGGGGCAGGAGGACAGGAGGGUCCUGGGACUGGAGCUGGAUAAGGACCAUCAUGCCUUGUUCGUGGCCUUCAGCAGCUGCGUGAUCCGGGUGCCGCUGAGCCGCUGCACGCAACACGGCGCCUGCAAAAAGGCCUGCCUGUCCUCUCGUGACCCAUACUGCAUCUGGCUGCGGACCGGGACGUGUGCCAACAUGGCGCCGGGUUUCAAGUCGGGGUUUGAGCAGGACAUUGAAGGCGAUCACUCUGUGGACUUGGACAGCUGCCACGCCGACGUCUUGGCCACGACGCGAAACCAAGACUCUGCAGCCGACUCUGCUUACGGUGUCCGCCGCCUCCCCGACAUGGAGCAGCGCUCGGCGGCCAGCGUCCACUACACGCUGCUGAUCGCCUGCGUGCUGGUGGCCUUCUUCCUGGGCGCCAUCCUGUCGGGCUUCCUGGUGUCGUGCUACUGCAGCCGCAGCGCCGCCCAGCGCGCCCGCCGCCUCGGCAAAGACCCCGAGGCCUCGCUGCCGCACGCCCUGUCGCUGCGCUCGCUCGCCAAGCUCAACGGCCUGCUGGACGCUCCGCCCAAGGAGGACAAGCUGGACGUCUCCACCCCCAAGAUGUACAGCUCCUUCAUCCCGAACGGGCGAGGGGAGCCGCACCUGCACACCCCGGGCCACCAGGGCCUCCCGCUGGGCGACCCCGACCUCAGCCUGUCCCAGGGUGACGGCGAGCUGUCGGGCCUGCCCACGCCCGACUCCACCCCCGAGCUGCCCAUCAAGAACAUGAAGGCCUUCAGGAGCCACCCGUACGAGAGGAACCAGAACUGCAACAACGGGCUGGACGCGUCGGGGCCGAGCGGCUCCGGGGCCGGGCCGGGCUUCAUGGCCGUCGUGGGGAACUCCCUGUCCCAGCCGGUCUUCCCCUUCGCUCAUCACCACGGCAACGGCCUGAGCAACGGUGCGGCGCACGGAGCGGGAGCCUCCUCCUCCUCGCUGCACCUCCCCGAGGAGAGGAAGAUCUCGAACGAGGAGCGAGCGGCGGCGGCGGCGGGCGGCGGGGGGCUCGGAGGCGGCGGCGGCGGCGUCCCGCAUCACCACCACUCGCAGCAGUCGCUCCCCCAGACGGUCGUGGACGUGUCGGCGCUGGACGAGCUGCUCAAACACAUCCACGAGGUCAGCGCCUCGGGCAGCGGCGGCAUCAAGGUCCUCACCUCCACCUCCUCCUCCUCCCUGUUCCCCGGACCCUCCUCCUCCUCCUCCUCGGGGGGGCACCACCACCACCACCACCACCACCACCACAAUCAGACUCGAACCCACCACUACAACCACAGCCAUCACCAUAGCAACCACCACAACAACAACAACAGCGGCGGCGGCGGCGGCGGCGGUCACCAUCACCACCAGCAGCCCCAGAUCCCCGAGGUGGAGUCGGCUCCGUACUACAGCACCUCCACGCUGCCCCGGGACGGCCUGCCCAAACGCCUCGACGUCCCGACUCAAAACUCCACCUCCUCCUCCUCCUCGUCCUCGUCCUCCUCCCACAACCCCACCUCCUCCACCUCCAUCGCCUCCUCCUCUUCCUCCUCCUCCACGCCGCUGCAGCAGCAGGUCAUCCCGGAGCGGCCCGGCGGCGGGGGCGGCGGCGGCGGCAUCACCGUGACGCGCCACCACUCCCAGCGACACUCCCUCAUCAAGAUGGGCAGCGGGGGCGCCGUGCCGCGUCACCACAGCUUCAACCACAGGGGGGCGCCACCCACUCACUUCCUGGCCAGGAUGAACACCAACAGCAGCAGCAACGGCCCCCCGGGGGCGGGCGGGGCGCAUGACGGGAACGGCGGCGGCGGCGGCGACGGCGGCGGCGAGGCGGAGCGGCCGCUGAUCGGCAGCGCCUGCCUGACGCGGCAGCACAGCUACAGCGAGCCGCCGCACGUCCAGCGGUCGGCCAUCGUGCGGCGGACGGCCUCGCUGAAGCCGCAGCUCCCGCCCAAACCGCUGUUCCUCCCCAACACAGCGACGUCGCCGGUAUCGCAGGCGGGGAAAUACGACUACUGA